UCACGGCCAUGGAGUCUCCGCUGAAAUCGGGAAACAGCUGACGUGCUCAGAGUGCAGAACCACCACGGUGCCCGUCGCUGAGUCGGAGGGCUCUGAAGAUGUCCAACAGCAACACGGCACAGGAGUCCCUGGAAAUUAUGAAGGAAUCGGAAAAAAAGGUGGUUGAGGAAUCUGUGAACAAAACCAAAUACGUAUCCAGGUCACCAAGCAAGGAGGAAGUGGAGAAGGAUGGGGGGGAGGAGGUCAGUGUGCGCCAGGAAUCUCAGAAGCGAACGUCGGGUCACGGACACGCCAGGAAAAGAGCCAAGUCUAACUCAAAGCUUAAACUGGUCAGGAGUUUGGCUGUGUGUGAGGAAUCCUCGGGCCCCUUCGUGGAUGGGCUGCUGGAGUCUCAGGACAUCAUCCAGCUGCACGUGAGCUGCCCCUCUGACAAGGAAGAGGAGAAAUCCACCAAAGAUGGGGUGGAGAAAGAAGAAAAAGACAAGAAUAAGGAAAAAACACCAAGGAAGAUGCUCUCUCGAGAUUCCAGCCAGGAAUAUACAGACUCCACUGGAAUAGAUUUGCAUGAAUUUUUAGUAAAUACACUGAAAAAAAACCCACGGGACAGAAUGAUGCUGCUCAAGUUGGAACAGGAGAUUCUGGAGUUCAUUAGCGAUAACAACAAUCAGUUCAAGAAGUUCCCCCAGAUGACCUCGUACCACCGGAUGCUGCUCCACCGGGUCGCGGCCUAUUUCGGGAUGGAUCACAACGUGGAUCAGACUGGGAAGGCUGUGAUCAUCAACAAGACCAGUAACACACGAAUCCCUGAGCAGAGGUUCUCUGAGCACAUCAAGGAUGAGAAGAACGCAGAGUUCCCGCAGAGGUUUAUCCUAAAACGGGAUGACACCAGCAUGGAUCGGGAUGAUAACCAGAUCAGACUCCCCUUGCAGGAUGGGAGAAGGAGCAAAUCCAUAGAAGAGCGAGAGGAGGAAUAUCAGCGGGUCAGGGAGCGGAUAUUUGCACGAGAGUCUGGCCAGAACGGAUACCUCACGGACAGCAGGGGCAACCGGGACGGGCUGAGCCGGGCCUCGGGCAGCCGCCAGAGCAGCACCGAGAGCGAGAUCAAAUCCCUGGAGCCGCGGCCCUGGAGCAGCACGGACUCGGACGGCUCCAUCCGCAACCUGCGGCCACCUGUCACCAAAGCCAGCAGCUUCAGUGGCAUCUCCAUCCUGACCCGGGGGGACAGCGUCGGCAGCAGCAAGGGCAGCACGGCCAGCAGGACGUCACGGGCAGGUUUGGUGCUAGGUGCCCCUGAGGCCUGCAGCCAGUCCCCAUCCUCGCAGCCCAGCCGUGGCCUCCUGCCCUGCACGGCCCCGCAGCCGCCCCCGCAGCCGCCCCCGGCAGCCCCCGGCCUCCCCCCAUCCCAGCAGCAGCCGGCCAUGAGCAGCCCCAUGAUGUCCCAGGCCGACGAGCUCAGCAGCCCCUUUGGGCAGAUCAGCCUCAGCCGACAGGGCUCGACAGAAGCCCCGGAUCCUUCCUCGGCGAUGUUCCAGUCAUCCCUCAUUUCCCAGCACCCUCAGCAGACAGGAUUCAUCAUGGCAACCCCUGGGCAGCCCAUUCCCACCUCCAGCUACUCGGCCUCAGGGCACACGGCCCCCACUCAGCAGGUGCUGCAGCCCCAGGGCUACAUUCAGCCUCCCCAGCAAAUUCAGGUUUCUUACUACUCCCCCGGGCAGUACCCGAACUCCAGCCAGCAAUACCGACCCCUCAGUCACCCAGUGGCCUACAGCUCCCAGCGCCCCCAGCAGCUCCCCCAGCAGUCCCAGCAGCCAGGUUUACAGCCAAUGAUGUCCAACCAGCAGCAAACAUACCAAGGUGUGGUGGGGGUGCAGCAGGCGCAGCCCCCCGGGCUCCUCAACAGCCAGAGGAACAACAUGGGGGGCCAGAUGCAGAGCGUGAUGGGGGUGCAGCAGGCACAGCCCCCUGGGCUCCUCAGCAGCCAGAGGAGUGGGAUGGGGAGCCAGAUGCAAGGUCUGAUGGUCCAGUACACGCCGCUGCCUUCGUACCAGGUUCCCAUGGCCAGUGAGUCCCAGAACGUGGUCCAGCAGCCCUUCCAGCAGCCAGUGCUUGUGCCAGCCAGCCAGUCUGUGCAGGGGGGGCUCCAGGCUGGAGGGGUCCCCAUCUACUACAGUGUCAUCCCCACUGCCCAGCAGAAUGGCACCAGCCCAUCCGUGGGGUUCCUGCAGCCUCCUGGCUCUGAGCAGUACCAGAUGCCGCAGUCCCCGGCGCCCUGCAGCCCCCCCCAGAUGCAGCAGCAGUAUUCAGGGGUGUCCCCAUCAGGCCCUGGUGUGGUGGUGAUGCAGCUGAAUGUCCCCAACGGCCCCCAGGCCCCCCAAAACCCCCCCGUGGUGCAGUGGAGCCACUGUAAGUACUACAGCCUGGAGCAGCGGGGGCAGAAGCCAGGAGACCUCUACAACCCUGACACCAGUGCUCAGGCCAGCACCCAGCUGAACAGCCCCAUCACGUCCCCCACCCAGUCCCCGACGCCGUCGCCCGUCACCAACCUCAACAGUGUGUGCACGGGGCUGAGCCCCCUCCCCGUCCUCACACAGUUCCCUCGGCCCAUGGGCCCAGCACAAGGUGAUGGGAGGUACUCGCUGCUGGGCCAACCUCUGCAGUACAACCUGUCCCUGUGUCCCCCGCCGCUGCUCCACAACCAGCCCAGCUACACAGGACACCAGGGGCAGACUGGAAUGAAACACGGAAACCGGAGCAAGAGACAGGCCCUUAAAUCAGCGUCCACCGACCUGGGGACAAGUGACGUAGUGCUGGGCCGGGUGCUGGAGGUGACAGACCUGCCCGAGGGCAUCACACGGACAGAGGCCGACAAGCUCUUCACCCAGCUCGCCAUGGCCGGUGCCAAAAUCCAGUGGCUCAAAGAGACUCAGGGGCGCCGCGGGGACGGAGGCGGCGGGGACAACAGCGGGACUCCGGAGAACGGCAGGCACAGUGACCUCGCUGCCUUAUACACCAUCGUGGCCGUGUUCCCCAGCCCCCUGGCUGCCCAAAACGCCUCCCUCCGCCUCAACAACUCCCUCAGCCGCUUCAAACUGCGCGUGGCCAAAAAGAACUACGACCUGCGGGUGCUGGAGCGGGCGAGCUCCCAGUAGGGCUCCCGUGGGCACCGGCCACUCCCCUGGGCCUCUUCUCCUCCUGCCCUCCCUUCCUCUGGCCCUCCUUCCUUGAUAUAUUUAUAUGAACAUAAUUAAGAGACAAGAAGUUGAUUUUUUUUUUUUUUUUUAAUUAUUAUUUUUGGAGUGACGCCCGUGCCCGCCCCCCUCCCCUGUGUCUAUGGUUUUGUUUAAGCACUGUGUUGGACCGCACAUACAGGUGUUGAUUGGUAUGUUCACUGCACAUUUUAUUUAAUCGGAUUAUUAUUUUGCGGGGGGGAAUUUUUGGUUUUA